GCAGGAGAGUUAAAAACUGCACACACGACGGCGACGACGACAUACAGUGAAGAGAAUCGAGGAGUGGAACCCUGAACCCUGUUUUUCUUUCUCGUUCUCAGAUUCGUGUGCACUCGAUAGGACUUCGAACGUCGUCGCGUAUUUAUCCUGUGAAGUUAACUGUUGGUUUUGUGUUUUCUCGGAUUUUCGAACGGAUACGAUCGCGGAAGGUUCCUCCGAACUCCCAGAACAUGGCGGUGGGAGAGUGCUAAAAACGCAGCAGGUCAUACACUUCAUUUUUCUUCAAAUUUCGUGCGCUGGCUGCAAGAGGAGGUAAAAAAUCAUGAUAGUGUGUGGUAGAAAGGAAGGAAGCGAAAAAUAAUCGGAGGAAAAAAAAGUUUCUUGGGGUUGCUGAUUUGUAUAUGUGUGCACAUACGUUUUUGAUUAAUCAAAACCAAUAAUAUUUGUGAAAUUCCUGGUCGCUACGAGAUACAAAAAGAAGAAACGAGUGACCUGUUCCAGUGUUUUACGGCCUCUGUGUCGGGCUGAGAUUAGAUAAAAUCUCUGCUCUGGAGGAUCCCUUAUCGAAGGAAAGAUUGCUACGAAAUUCUCGACGGAACUGUCAAUUUUCAGUACGGAGCUGGAGCCAAAGGUGGAUAAAAUUUUGCAUCAUCAGCAGCAGCAGCCCCUCCAGCAAACAGCAGUCGUUGGAGUCGCGGGCGGUGGAAGUAACAGCAGUAGGAGGGAAGGCCGCAAAACGAAACCAGGUGUUUCCUGAAAAAUGCCUCCACCACCACCUCCGCCGGGACCGCCACCGCCACCAGGGCCACCACCUCCGCCAGCUCUAAAACUGGGUGGCGCUGCGUCCCCGGCCGAUGGACGCAACGCGUUGCUGUUGUCAAUUCAGAAAGGCGCCAAACUGAAGAAAACAGUCACGGUGGACAAAAGUGGUCCGCUCAUCCAGGGCAAGGUGUCAUCAUCUGGAAGUGGAGGGGGAGGAGGAGGAAUUAGCAAUAAUCGAGGACCUGCAGCGAGCGACAGUAAUGGAUCCGGAGGAGCAGGAGGUCCAAAACUGGGUGGAAUCUUCGAAGGUCUUUCUUCAAUGCCGAAGCUGAAACCAGUUGGUAGUAGAGGCGCACAAUCAACCACCACAACCGCUAACAAUAAGUCACCAUCACCGGAGAACACAGUCAAAGCGAAUAACCGAGUAGGCGUUGGAGGUGGAGGAGGAGGCGGAGGAGCCGUGGCAGUAGAUUUUGCCGAUGAACUCGCGGCCAAGUUGACGCUCAAAAAGCAGAAAAAUAGUAGCACUAAUAGCAAUAAUGCCAUCAGCAAUAGUCACCAGCCAGCGGCGGCGGCGCCUGUGACGGAGAAUAAUCUACGGACGAACCGAGGACCUCCACCACAGCCCCCGGUGCAGUUGAAGAACGCAAAUGAUUCAUCGGUGUCCCAUGCAAAGCCAAGCUAUUCCAGUCAGAAGAGCCAGGCACCCUCAACGCCUUCGCCCGUAUCGCCAUCGAAUGGACCUGCCUCCGCAGUCACUAGUCCCGCCGGAAGCGGCAAUUUGCUGCCAAAUAAAUCCACUCUAUUCGGUGGUGCCGGCAGCAGCAAUAGCGCUAACUCGUCUGCAUCGGGCAGUCCUGUUCCACCACCACCAGUACCUCAGACACAACCGAUUGUGAAACCAAUUCCGAACUAUGGUAAACCAAAUCUGGCCCCGAAACCACCCGGAAUGCAGUUGAACACAAGCGGGGGCAACAGCGCCAAUGGACCGAUGCGAAACAUGGUUGGUAGGCAUCAUAGUAUGAGGAGCCCAAGGUCACCACCCGUUGCACCAAAUGGUCCGAACUUUACAGCGAAUCAUUUUGGAACAUUACGAGGAGCACCAUUGAACUUUCAAUCUUCGGAGUCGCUAGCGAGGCAAAACAAUCCUAUUGGUCGACCUGCCGCACCACCUCCGAAACCUCCGGUAAUGAAACCUCCACCACCACCACCGGUGCGCAGCAUAUCCAACACCAACCUGUCGCAUUUACCCAUGAGUCUAGCACCGGAAGCGACUGAGCCGAACUUUGGCUCCGCCAAUAACGUGGCAAGUGCUGUAGCCGACGAGCUCAAGUCAAAGCUAGUCAACAGUGGUUCGGCGAAUAAUGUCUCAACGCUCACCACUACCACCUCGUCAAAUUCAAUUAUUUCCACCAGUCAGCUCAACAUAAGCGGGACGAAAUCCCCUAGUAGUGGUGGCAGUAUCAAAGCCACGGCUGCCCCUCCACUACCACCCCAUCGAACCUGUCCGGCGCCACCACCACCUCAACUCAACACUAGCACCAACAGCAACAGCAACAGUAGUGGCGAAGCACCACCGCAGCCUCCCCAGCGGAUUUCCUCUAUUAGACAACAACAGCAACAGCAACAACAGCAGCAGCAGCUUUCCAACGCCAAUAGUUCUAUUAGUACCAUAAACAGCAGCAACAGCGUGCAAAGUUCGAACUUGCAACGAAAAGAAACCGUUAUCGAGCGACGGAAGAUGCCGCCACUGCAGGAGAUUGACCUCGAGGCAAAGUACUCGUUCUACUUCCACAAGGUGACCGAAUUCCCGGCACCGAUUCCCUUUCUCAACGUGACCAAAACCUACCCGAGUGUGAUACGACAGCAGCAGCAAGCGCAACAGCAGAAUCAGUAGUAAGCCUGCUAGUUGCUGCACUAGAGUUAGAUAAGGCAUUAGGGCCGAAAGCAUGUGGGUGUGGAAUUCGUGGCAAUCAAAGAUUGUGAUCCGAGAGAGAAAACCAACCAAGUCAAAGGAACAGAGUAAGUUAAUUCCAGUCGAAUCACCUGCACUUCCCGCUGCUGAAAAAUGACCAUGUGAUCCCUGCAAAAGCCGUAACUCGAAACCAAUUGUACAUAGCAUGGCCGAAACCAUCUUGGAAAAAGGAGAUAUAUACCGGAAGCUGCAAGAUUAUAUCAACGUUCACAAUUUCGGUAGUAGAGAAACACUAGUGUAAUAAAUCAAAUCUACUAAUCAAUGUGGGAAGGCGAGAUCCGAACCAAACUGUCCCUUUCAACAACUGUAAAUAGAAGCUGUUUAGAAGGAGAUCAUAGCAAAUUCAUUAUGUCGAUGGCUCCGAUAUGGCUCUGCACGCAAAAACGUCGAGAGUUGCAUAUUCUUCCUCCUUUCAAAGGAAGUGAAAAGUUACGCAAGUGAAACACAAUGUAUUCAAAAUAACACGUUUUAGGGAGUUGUAUUAAUUAAACCAAGCAAGUUCUUUCGAGGUAAUAAUAAGAAGCAAAGCCCAAAUCGCAUCGCGAAAGUCUAAGAAAUUCGUUACAUAUAAAGAAAUAUUCUAUAUUAACUUUAUUGUUAUUUUGUACAUACUAUAAAUAUUUAAUCCUUCUAAUAUUAACAGAAAUAGAAAGAUUUUAAAAUAA